UUACCUGUUUACGUGAAAUGAACUUCCUGGUUGAAGCAAACAUGGCUGCGUACAGCGGACCUGGAUCUACACACCAGGUGCUAGGGAAGUCAUUCGUGUGGUUGUUUGCCUGUUACCUGCUAUUUGGAUGUACAGCUACUUGGAACAUAACCGAUGAAGGAAAACAUAUCUACCUCAACAAUGAGGAACUCAACUGGUGGGCUGCACGGGCCAACUGCCAGGAAAAAUAUGAUGACCUGUUUGUUCUAGUGACAGGACCCGACCCUUACCUUGAGGACGAAACAUACUACUGGCUGGGGGCGAUGAGGUAUUCAACAUGGAGAUGGACAGGAGACGGUAGUCCCUUGUACAGAAGCCAAGGGUUCAGUUUUCUUACUGAAAAUCUACAAGCCAACAGUAGCUCUUCUGGCACCUCCGUUUACCGAUGUCACCGUCAUUGUGGAAAGGAUACCCAAAUAUUCGGCUUGAGUAGAGACAGGUGUUAUUGUCUUGGUGACGACCAUAACGUUACAAGCAGCAACACACAAGGAGAACCAUGUUCAGGGAACCAAGACGAAGUGUGCGGGGACGCCAACCGGAUGUCGGUCUAUAACCUUGACUUACCGUUCACACCGACAAAAAAUGGGAAAUGUGCUUAUGCAAAAUGGACGAACGACCGGCUAACCGUAUCGCUUGAUAAUGGUGACGAAUGUGAAGAAAAAGACAGAAGAUACGCAUGUUAUAGAAACAGUACUAGUUUUUUUAGUCGGUGGCUCCAUUUCAACUGCAACAAUAGAAUGUGCAUUUCCAAAAGAGGACAGUCGUGGACGAAGGCUAAUGAAAGCUGCAAUUUGGUGAAACUUGAGAGUUCGACUGAGGAAUAUCUAAAGUCCAGAAUGCCACGAAACGAAAAAUGUUGGCUCGGGCUUCUUUAUGGGUCCACUAAAAAAUGGAUCACAGGACAGGAAGCAAAUGUACCUGAUAUGGACUUUUCAUUCACAAGUUCAUCAGAACCUCACUGCCUUGCAGUGUACUUUACCGAAUCAUACGGUGAUUUGUCUUGGGAGCCAUGCUCUUCUCACCAUGCCUCCAUUUGUGAAGUUGUUAGAUCAAAAGGAUCAGCAACCACCGUGACCUCGACACCGCCAGACACAUCAACACCAGCAACAACAACAAACAUAACUAAAGCAGAAACAGAAACACCAACACCACAACCGACAACAGCAAAUGUUCCUAUAUCUGAGAGGUACACGUCUACCUCUACCAACAGUCCUGCAGUAGGACCUACACAAACAAUCACAGCUUCAGAGGAAAAACAGAUAGGUGUGUUCGUGGGACUUGGUUUGGGAUGCGUUGUGCUUAUACUGGCUGCCAUCAUUGUAGUGCUCCUGUUGAUGAGACAAAAUAAACUCUGUUUUAAGAGGAAAGACAGGGAUCAGCCAGUGCACUUUAACACGGUCACAAGAAACGCCACGUAUGAUCAGCUUGAUGUGCCUGCACAAACAGACAAUUUGUACACUGUCAUCGUGCCAUCAGAUACAAUUGGUGACAAGCCAGUGUCUCCCACUGUUCCCAUGGCGACAGUACGACCCAGAGUUCAAACUGAAAACACCUCUCGGGUAAAUAAUGAGGAUGACGGGGAUUAUAAUGUUAUAACACAUCAGGGAAUGACUCCAAGAAAAGUGGAUGACUCCUACAGUCACAUUGGUAGGACCAACAAGGUCUUUGAAGAAGACGCUUAUGAUGUUGCAAGUACAAGGCAGGCGGAGGACAGGCGUGACGAUACCUACAACCACACUGCUACGGUUAACGAGAAUGCAGGAGAUACCACUGACUGCUACAACACAAGGUCUCUUGACGGAGACAACAACGUGGGUCUUGGUCGACAAGGUGACACACCUGAAAACACGGAUGUUUACAGUGUUGCAAAAGGAAUUUCUAAUGCAUGAGGAUAUCCUAAACUUUUACGAAACAGUUUCCUGUUUUAAAGUUUAAGUAUCACCAUUAACUCAUGAAAACUAAAGUUUCAAUUAGUUUAUGGUAUGUGGCCGUAUGUGAUCGUAUGUCCAUUAUAUGCCGAAAACGGCUGAAAGGGUAAACCUGAAACUGCAUUUUUUGUCUCACAGCAUAAUCGGUUUCAAAUAGGUUCAUUGCAUCACAUGACAGCUGAACUUAGCAAGAGUAGCAAGAACGUUGGUUAAUGCCCAUGUAUGACAAGACAAAUGAAUCAUAUUUUUCAAUAUUUGUAUAUAAUUUAUUGGUUUUUUUAUUUUUGUUUUCUAAGUCACCAUAACUCCGUUUUGUUCAUGGACUUUUUCAUAAUUUUGAAUAAUGUUUUGGUUGCACAUUUGUCUUUUCACUAACCACACCAGAUGGGUUUUUUUGUAUUUUAUUUCACUUAAAAGUCUUUCUAAAUGCUUCAUAUAUUACACCAUCCUUCACUAUAUCCAUAUUUACAGAUGUCCUUUUCUGAUAUUUGUUUAACUGAAGUUCCCGUGCAAUUGGUUGAUGUACAUUACCGUUUUGUCCGUCUAGGUUUUCUUAUACAACAUGUGUGGUUAUAUUCACAACUGUAAAGUGGAAUAUCUGCUAUAAACACGCACAGCUUCCCGAUACACACGUUGUCUUCAGUUGUCAUAUUUUGUUCACUCGCGUCUCAGAAGGAAUCAGGACGUUUCACCGAAGUGUGUACUUAAACUCGACCUGCCAUAAGUGACAUGUCCGAAUGAACAACAACACGAAUGAAAAUAACUAAGAUAUAUAUAUAUAUAUAUAUAUAUUAUUAUUAUUAUCAUUAUUAUUAUUUAUAUACCCGCUGAUGUAAAUACGAUUUAAAAUAUGAUUAAACAUACAUAUAAGGUAUGUUUACUUUAUUUCAGGUCUAUGUAUGCUAAGCUCAAUAUUAAAAGGUUCGAUACUCUAUCGUAUUUGUGUUUUGCCGACGUAUUAAAUGAACGAGAAACCCAUGAUCAGUUAAUAACGUGAUCCAUAUACAGUUAUGUCAUUUAUGCACGAAUGCUUCAUAAAAAAUAUCACUUAUCCAUUAAAGAAAUAGUAAUGCCA